CUGAGAUUUUAUUUGACGUCAGUGCAUGAUCGGAAGGGUCCAGCCUAAAUCUCCGAUGGACUGGGGCCAGCUUUGUACAUCGAAGUAACAAUCGAAUCAACGUGAACACUAUUCUAAACCUUCACCUUCAGCUCCAUUAAUAGACUUUGAGGCUACAGCUACAUUUCAGCUCGACCAUCAAGGUUCACUUUUACGUAAAUAAAUUCAAUUGAACACCGGAAUCACAUACCACUGCUUCUCAGCUACUGGCGCGACCGUACCAAAUAACCAACCACACUUCCAUCGCACCUAUCCUCAUCUCUACCAUCUCAGCGAAACAUCACAUCCCAAUCAAAAUGGCAACCAAAACAAUGACCUCAGCCACAGGCGUCCAAAUACCAGCUAUGCCCGAAGGUCUCAACCCAGAUACCCUCGACACCCUAACCGAACUCGCGGUCCUGCUAAACCGUCUUCGCACACCAACCUCAACCACAGGCGCAACCCCCGCCGCGGCACCAACACCCCAACCCCAGCCCUUGCGCCCGAACCAAUCGCAACAACAAACCAACAACGGCGCCACGACCACCACAAACACGGGCGAACUAUCUCUUAAAGAAAUCCCACCCGCGGCCGAUGUAUUGAAGCAUAGAUUUCAAAAAGCGCGUGUGCUGGUCAGGGGGUUGCCGGAUGUAGGACGUGGCAUCGCGGAGCAGGAGGAGGAAAUUCGGGCUUUGGAGGAAAGGUUGGGGCGGCAGCGUGAUAUGCUUGUGAAAUUGAGGGAGAUGGGUGCGAAGUUGGCGGAGCAGGAGGGUGAUAAGAUGGUUAUGGAUUAAGACCAAAGGCGGGCGAACGAGGGGUGCAAAAAAGAAAAGAAAUGGGGACG